CCGCCGCGCCGACGUCGCUCUCAACGCCAGCGCCGCCUCUCGCUCGCCGAGCUCCAGCCGAAGGAGAAGGGGGUAGGUGAGUAAGGAAGUACUUGCACCAUGGCUCGUACAAAGCAGACUGCCCGCAAAUCGACUGAUGGCAAGGCUCCCAGAAAACAACUGGCUACAAAAGCCGCUCGCAAAAGUGCGCCCUCUACUGGAGGGGUGAAGAAACCUCACCGUUACAGGCCUGGUACUGUGGCGCUCCGUGAAAUUAGACGUUAUCAGAAGUCCACUGAGCUUCUGAUUUGCAAACUCCCCUUCCAGCGUCUGGUGCGAGAAAUUGCUCAGGAUUUCAAAACAGAUCUGCGCUUCCAGAGUGCAGCUAUUGGUGCUUUGCAGGAGGCAAGUGAGGCCUAUCUGGUUGGCCUGUUUGAAGACACCAACCUGUGUGCUAUCCAUGCCAAACGUGUAACAAUUAUGCCAAAAGACAUCCAGCUAGCACGCCGCAUACGUGGAGAACGUGCUUAAGAAUCCACUAUGGGGAGAAACAUUUCAUUCUCAAAACAAAUUUUUUUUCCCUCUUCUUACCUGUUAUAUUGGUAGCUCUGAACGUUUAGGGGUGUUUGUUUUUUUUUUUUUGUUUGGUUUUUUUGUUUGGUUUUUUUGUUUGGUUUUGUUUUUUUCCCCAUGGGGUCAAAAGGUACCUAAGUAUAUGAUUGCAAA